UCCCUGGCAGUAGCGCAGCUCGAUCUGACAAGCGGUGAGUGCCGUGGGCAGCAAGGUCCGCAGCUCCUCCAGGUCCGCAGCGAGCCGGGGGGCGGGGAGGUUGGGGUUGGGGAUUUGGGGACUGGGGAACGGCGAGUGUGUGAGACAGCAGGCAGUAUGGCGGUGGCUGCGGGAGGGUGGGGAAGCGCUGUCCCUCCGCUCUCACUGCUCAGACCGCUCCACACCGUCGGCAGUGGUGGUGGUGCCGCGGAACGAGUCGCGAGCAGGCUACAUGCUCCAGCCCUCGUCGGUGGUGAAGAGGCCUCAGCAGUAAGAUGCGUCUCCCCAGUCGGAUACUAAUGGUUGAAGUGUAAAAUGUAGAAAUACAUAAAACAAAAAAAGUGCAAAACCAGGUCAAAACGGACCAUAAAGUUGUUGUGCGAGUAACUCGCAUCUAUCAACGUUGAAAAAAAUAUAUAUACCUGCAAAAAAAGUUAAAUUGUUCUUAAACAUCGUGUGUGGAAGUGAAUAUCGUUUACUGAAUGAGUUAAGAUUGAGUGAGAAACCUGUGAACCUACAUAGCCUGAACAUCACCAAACUUUGUGACUUGUCAUCUGCUGUCACCUUCCUUUUGGUGCACCAGCACCUAGCCCAAUGAGAUAAUAAGCGGCGCCGCUCGGAACUGGUGCUGCGAGAAAAAUCUCUGAAAACCUCUUAAGAUAGUUUGUGAAUCACACCUGGCUGGUUGGCCGACCAUUGCAAAGUUAACGUGCCGGAGCGAGGCGGAGAUACGUAUGGAAAUUUGCUUCAUUUGUGGCGGCCCCCACAAGUUGUCUUGAAUGCAAGAAAGACUGAGCAGCGGUAAAACACCUCCCAGGACACAGGGCCCCACCACCAGGAUGCGCAUGACGGGCCUGUGGGCUGGCGGGGGCGGGGAGGAGGAGGUGGUGGACGUGGAGGCCCAGUUCCCAGCGCUCACGCCGGGCACGCAGCAUGCAGCACAGCCUCGCUCAGGAGAGACAGAAAAUGGAGGCGAGGGCAGUGUGUCGGACUCCCAGAGCGAGAGUGGCAUCAGCAGCAGUGGCGGCAGCAGCACGAGCAUCAUGGCUCAGAAGAGAAAAAAGUCCAGCCUUUCAAGUUCCUCCGGCCCCCCGCGGCGAGGCAAGAAGAGACGGUCCGGAGUAUCGGCACGGGAAAGAAACUUGAGAAGAUUAGAAAGCAAUGAACGUGAACGCAUGAGGAUGCACUCUCUCAAUAAAGCAUUCCAGGAGCUGCGUGAAGUCAUCCCACACGUCAAGAUGGACCGGCGGCUGAGCAAGAUUGAGACGCUAACCCUGGCCAAGCACUACAUCAUGGCACUAACCAACACUGUUUGUGAUAUGAGAGGAGAUGAAAAGCCAUACAAGUUUUUAGAAGCAUUUGUCAAUCAGGAAGGUCAUCCUGAUGAUGAUGAAGAGGAAGACGAGGAAGAAGAGGAGGAGGAGGAGGAAGAUAUGGAAGAGAUUAACAAUAAUGGUCUUACACAAGUAUUAUAAUUAAGAACUCCACAUGGAUAUUAGGUAAGCGAGGCCAAAUAUGACUAAGAUUGCACUGGUUAACAAUGCUUGAUAACAGAUUAUUUUCAAGUUACUGUCAAUGAGGAAAUGAAAGAGUAGGUUCACUCAUGCUGAACGGCACGACAUUGCUAUCGUUGCAUAGCAGUAUUAAAACAUAUUCUUGUUACUUUUUAUUUUUUUUAUUUUUUUAUAUUCAAAGCAGUUUGGUGGAAACUUUUGUUCUGUUGUAAAGUCAUAUUUUACACACUAUAAUGUCUUUAUUUGUUUUUUGGGGAAACACACUCAGUCAGUGUUCAUAGAGUCAUGUUAAAGAUGGAAACAAGUAGCAUCUGACAGUCUUAUAUUUUGCAUGCAUCUCAAAUGUUUCAUGACAUGGGAGUUAAUAACUCAUUAUUACUGGCCAUUAGUUAUGAAUCUUAGUCGGCUGACUUCCAGUUACUGCCAGAGUUGUAAAUAUAUAUACACGUAUGUUCUAGCGUCAGAACUUGUACUAUGUGUAAACCUUUCAAUGCUGAUUACUAGAAUGAGGUUGAAGAUGUUCUGGAUUGUUAGUUAAUCCUGCCGGCUUUAACUAACACUUCCACUUAAGUCAUUCUGAGUACAGGGUUUCCUUUGCAAUGGAAAUUCCCAUUCACAUAAGAUGGAAAAUGUAGAUUUUGCAUUACCAGAUUGCCUUAAUAGCCAUCAAGCUUGUAAAUAGAAAAUGCAGGUAUCCUGACACUAAUAAUUAUGCCUUGUUUUCUGUAGGAGACAUCAUAGUUGAAAUGUUUUUGUAAACUAUGCCUAAAUCAUCAUUAUCAUCAUCAUUAUCAUCAUCAUCAUCAUCACUGAUCACUUCUCCAAAGGGGCAGGGCAGGGUGGGGAGUCCAAUAAGGCUGUCUGGCCACUGUGACGGCUGCUCCAAGACGAGUCAUUAAGGAAGGCCUUCCUGUAUCAUGUGAAUUCCAAACCAUUGAGUUUUGUUUUGUGGGAGUCCAGUGGAGUACAGAGACACAUAUUCACAAUUCCCAGGUCUCAGGGAUGAAUGAUACCUUGUAAAAACUGUCCCUCCUCUGCAAAUUCCAUCGCACAAAUCUAGAUCAUGUAAGGCUCACCAAAUCAUUCCUGUUACUAGGGUGUACUAUUUUACUAAGCAGUUAUUUGUAACAUGCUGAAGCUUAGUCAUUAAAAGCUUGUAGUCAAGGCAGUGACACAUCAUGCUUAUAUUAAGACUCAGAUAUAUCACUGAGGGUUGCAAGCAUGCACAAUACAUAUUUGUUCAUGAUAAUGUGUGGUAAAUAUUUUUUCUGCACUUAAGAAAAGCAUCUGAGGAUUACAUACACACACACAUCAACAGUACUUCAUUUGUAGCUUCAUAAGUUUAGCAAUAAGCCAUGUUCCACCAAAACUGUCACCCUAGGAAGCAGAGGUCGCACUACAAGAAUAGUUUCUGGCCCCAACUUUGUUUCCACCCCUUGCAGACUUUUCUACAAAGAAGCACAAAAAAGGUAAAUAUUGGGUGUGCCAGGCAUGGGCACUGUGCCAGUAUUAAGUGAAAAAUGAGAAGUGAAGCAUUUGUAGGCAGUGGAAAGUGUCAGCAAGUAUAAAAUCACAGGCAUCUUCCCUCCUCUCCUAGAACACUGUUGGUGGGAGCAAACAUAUAGAGAUUGGAAGGUUUUCAGCACAGGCAAUGAAUGGCUGGAGGUUCAGUCUGCUGCUGAAAUUGUAUCUUUAUUUUGCCAGCUGUUUUAUAGCAAUAAUGUGCUGUACAGAAUUACUAUCUAAUAGAACGUACUGUGUGUGUGUGUGUGUGUGUGUGUGUGUGUGUGCGUGCGUGUGCAUGUGUGUGCAUGUGUGUGUGUGUGUGUGUGCGUGUGUGUGUGCCCGCCUGUGUGUGUACAUGUUAUAUGCAUCAGAGAGAAAAUUUCAAGUUAAACAGUCAGCGGUCAUUCUAGAUAUUUAGCUAAUUGAUAACCAACAACUUCCCUUGAUCAAAGAAUUUACAUAGUGUAUAAAACUUGGUUUUACAAUAUGAUAUCCACUAAAUAUAUCCAUUAUUGCUGUUCAAACAAUUGUCAAGGCAACCUCUUCUUGCUACUCGGCUGACCAAGCUGAAUUUGAGUCCUCUGUUAAAAGCUGACAAGAAUAUUAGUUGUACUAUACAUUCCAGUGAUGGUGAUGAAUGUGAACCAGACUGACAGAAGAAUUUAAUUUCGUUUAUGUUUAUAUCAGUGUUGAAAAUAAUGCAUUCAUAAAUUUGAUGAGUUAAUUGUUUCUAAAAUAAGAGGCAUAUCUUUACAGAUUUUUAGUAAUGCCCCAAAAAUGUUCACUUCAGAUCUGCAAAUAUGAAUUUAAUGUUUCUAAGUGGCAAAUUUUUACAGCACAUCUUGUGAUAUAAAUAUUUACAAGUCAGUUCCCAGGCACACAUUCCAUUCCUGUUGCACAGUUGCAUCUAUAUUUUUUGAUGUGAUAAGAAUUCAUAGAUAAACAGAUAUGAUAUUCAUGUGCAGAAAAUAUAUUCAUCCUAAUAUACAUAAGAGCUGUUUGACCAUACGUAGGCGUUACAUAUGAGGCCCAUGAGAGUUGGCCUGAGAAGUGUGAGUUCUGUAAGAGAUGAGCAAGUUCAGUCUUUGAACUUUUUGAGAUUACUGCCGUGGCAUUCCUUCGAGUGACUGAAACUAGUGCCAGCAGUAUUCUGAUUGCAUUACAGUGAAUGGCGUAGAAUAUGAAAAGACAUUUCACAAUGUACUGUGAAGUUAAUCUGAGUUGUGGAACAUGGAUUAUUUUCUUCUAGAUGUAGGAUUGUACAUUAUAGUCAUAAGUAUCAUACAUGAAUGCUGAUUGGUAGCUACUGCAGUCUUCAUAAGCACUUUGCCUUCCCAUCACAUACUUCCUCCCCUCACCGCAGUGCCAUACGACCCUGGGUGUCUGGCACGUUACUGUUUUCUUCACACUAACUCGCUCACUCACCAUCAUCAACAUAAUCAUUAUCAUUGAAUGAUAAGUUUCUCAGAAGAUUUCAUGUUAAUUGCCAUCAUCAUUUUCAUUAUCAGCAUUUAUAUUUUUCAUCAUUCAAAGCUACAUCUUCAUGAGUCAACACACAAUGCCAGUGCAUCAGCACAUAAGAAAGAGUGUAUGAAAGUGUCUUUUGCCUCGGCCGUUUCACUUCAGUCUGAAAAUUGCUUUCACAUGUGGUGCACUACAGUAAGAGGUAAUAUUGUUGCUACCAGAGCUGUAGUAAUAUACAUUGUAUAUUUGAGUAAGUUUGAGGAAUUACAUUUCACAUGUGCAAACAUGUGCACUUCAAAACAAACACACACACACACACACACACACACACACACACACACACACACACACACACACACACACACACUCACACUCACACUCACACAUACACAUACACAUACACACACAGGUGCUAAUAUCUCACAAUUACAGACCUCGAUAAUAUUGACUAGAAUGUCUAAUGGCUUAUUUGUUAAGCCUAAAGUAAAGAUAUUUCUGACGUCAUUGACUGGAUGAAGAAGCAAGAAACUGAUACCGAUAUAUACACACACACCCACACUGUUGUAGUCAUAACACUGGAGAGUUGACGCAAUAGUUUAGAAACUUCGUCAUGUCCCGGCUUUGUCCUAACCUUACAGUACGGUGACACCAGCAGCCGUUAGCCUUACAGUGUAGUGUUUGUACCCAAGAUGUGUGAACUUCAUCUUUGCUCUCUUCCUUCACUGGUUGUGGUGAAUGCUCUUGGUUUGAAUGACUAGUGGUAGUAGAAAUGACAUAUAUUUGUAAUAUUACACUUGAAUACAAGUAAAUUGUAUAACAUUUAGGAAGAUAAUGAUCAACCUCCGUUUUGAAUACCACUUCUAUGAUCUCUGUUUCUCUGGAUAUGAAGGUGAUUGCAUACGUGAGAAAUGAAAAGUGCAAUUAGUAAGGUAACUCCAAAAUUUAGCUGUAGAACCUAUAUUUUAUAAUACUACUUGGCAUUAAAUCUGGCUUAAUAUUGUCUUCCCAAUUUAUAUUUAAGCCUUAACCACUGCUAGGGGAAAGAAAUCACUACAAGUCUGUCAAUGAAAUUUUGUAUGUUUAAGAUUUUUAGAUCUAGAGUAGCAUGAAGACUGUAUCCUUAAAUUUAACUUUUAUAUGAAGCUUUGUAAAAAAACAAACAUGGUUGCUUGAGUGUUUUGUAAGAACUUUGUGACGUUUAAAGUGUCUGGGUGGCAGUAGGUUACAGGCUUGUCUCUAUAGUAUUAUAUCAGAGUAAUAUAUUUUUUACUUUUAAGAUCUUUGCCUCACACAGCCAAAGAAAAGAAGGUUUAAAUUGGGAAAGCUACUGGAGAGAAAGUUAUGGAUAAAACACACCAUAGAUAAUUAGCACAAGAAAGAGAAAAGUCCAAAUGGCAAAGAGAAUAUUGCAAGUUUAAUAUAUUGAAAAGUAAAGAUUUAUCUUUAUAAUAAAAGUGACCAGACUG